AAAAAACCCCCCUGCUCUAUAAUCCUUCACUCGCGCCUAUCUCACUCUACAACAACACCCACUGACUUUGCAGACAACAGAGCACCUACAAUCCCUCUUCAUCUUCCGUCCAGGUGAGUUGGUUCUCUCUCUGUUCCACUGCCGUCAUCUUUUCCAGUCCUACCACCAAAACCCCCUCCCCCCCUCUCAAACUCCCCCUCUUCAUCCCGGGUGAUCCAGCCGCUCCGUCGUUUCCGGCGGCGUUCACGAUCGCAAAUGAUCCAGACUUGUGGUAUUGAAAGGUUCUGGAACACUGGAAAUGAGACCCUAGUCAGCUCGCGCGUGAAAUGGCUGGAACUACAUGCAGUCGUCGCUCUCCCCUCCGUCUCAACUACACUGGAACGCGACACAGCACUUUUGUCACCGGCUAGCCGAACGGAGGCCUGGCAGAACAAACAUACCCUCCCUCAAUCGUCAACAAGCCUCUGGAAUCGUCGCCGUACGUCCUGCUGGUGGUUGGAUGGAUGUGGGUGCGUGGUCGGGGGCGAAGAGUACAGCGGACAGGAUCCGAGGAAUGAUCAUACUUGCUUGAUUCCACCUCCAUAUUCCUCACUCCCGACCAUUUUACGUGCUUGUUGCGACGGGGCAAUCUAUUCCCUAUCACGGGGAACGGUUCCAGGAAGCCGGGAAAAGGAGGGGAGGGGAGGGCGGUUAUCGCUUUUCGUGUUCCUUGCACCACUUGACUUCACAGCCUCACUUUUGCCCUGUGACUGGCUGCCCCUCGCUUCGGAGACAUUAUCUAUCGUCUUCCGUUGAUCGCUGUGGCGCAUCCCCCCAUCAUCCUUAUUCCCUCCAUCAAUACCAUUUUUGUCAUCACAUCGACUUUCCGCCAGGGGACUGUUUAUUAUCUGACUAACAUAUUCACCUUCUGUUUCACACAGAUAAUCCACUUUCACAAUGGCCCGCGAAGAUGCUGUUUACCUGGCCAAGCUCGCCGAGCAGGCUGAGCGCUACGAAGAGAUGGUCGAGAACAUGAAGGAGGUUGCCUCCACUGAUGUAGAGCUC